AUGUUUCUGAGAAAGAAACCCCCUCAACCGUCCAUUUUGGAAGAACUACAACAGACAUACACUGAUUGUUGCGACCAGACUAUUAAGAACUUGACGUUGGAAGAACACGGCAAUUUUGAAGACGCAUUAAAGGGAUGGAAAAGUUUGCAUACGUCAUUAUUAUACAAAAUUGAGUUAUUUGAAAAGAUAAGCAAGUUAUCGCCAACACAAGAGAAUAUCUUGAAUGAGUUAAAAGGAAUCCGGGACCAAAAUGUUAAACAUUUGAUAAGAGUUCAGUUGAGAUUGGACGAAUUGAAUAGAAUGAAGAAACGCGAGGCCAAUGGAGCACCACCUCCACCUCCACCUCCUCGCAGAAGUAAUCAACCUCAAAAACUGGUCCCUUCAUUACGUGUUUCUCCUCCGUCUGCCAAUUCUUCUGCAACCGUCCCUAGGGGUAUCAUGAAAUCACUACGUAGCAAUGCCAAUGGUCUGCAUCCAACUCCCAAGCAAACAACACCGUCAUCCAGUCUUGUAUCUGCAUCGGUUAAACAGGCUUCACAGGCAGCGACUGUAUCAUGGCAGCGACCAAUAACAUGGCAGCAAAAGUACGAAGCCUCGAAAAGUAACUAUAAGAACAAGACAGAAGAAGAUUUGUUUCAAGAUUUCGAUCAAGAAGUUUAUGAAGUAGGUAAACUGAGUUCAAGAACAUCUUCCGGAAUAUCAGAGCUUUCCAAUGAACAGGAGGAAAAGAGCUUGAUAGACCUUGAAGAUGACCAGGUUCACAAGUUUAAUUCAUUGCAUUCUAAUUCUUACCAAUAUAGUCCAGAAACAGCAAUAUCUAAAUCAAUGGAUGAUUUAACCAUCAAACCAAUUGAAAGCCCACCACAUAAGUUUUCCCAAAAGAUUGAACCUGUUGAAUCAAACGAAACCAAAAGAAAACUUGUUUCAAAGAGUUGGUCAGAGAUUCCAAAAGAAAAACCAAAGGUAGCAGCAUCAAAAAAGCCAUAUGUCUAUAACAAACCUAAGCCUAUGAAUUUGAAAAGGCUCAUGCAACAGCUGCCAAGCAAACUGCAAAAGCCUACCAAACCGUCGGCUUCUCCUAUAACGUCACAAACUGUUGUUAAACAAAAAACUAAACCAGCUUCAAAUAUAACAUACAACUAUGUAAAGGCGAAAUCUCCCCCGCAAAAAGUUGGCAAUGCAAAAUCAAUGACAAAGACAUCUGCAUCUAAUGGAAAUUCCCUUGAGAGACCGCCUUCCAAAAAACUCGAGGAACCACCUCAUAGUCCAACAAUGGAUGAUCUCUUAAGUGGUUAUGAAAACGAUGAUAUCGAUGAUGUGUUAACCAAAGACAGAUUUUUGACAAACGAAAAGGAUCAAGAUCAACUUAUUUCCUCGAUUCGUGGCAUUGAUCCAGUGGCAGCUAAGCAAAUCUUGAAUGACAUUGUGGUUCGCGGAGAUGAAGUUUAUUGGGAUGACAUAAUCGGGUUGGAAAGCGCGAAAAACUCUUUGAAAGAAGCCGUGGUUUACCCAUUCUUGAGACCGGAUUUAUUUCGUGGCUUGAGAGAACCAACAAGGGGUAUGCUUUUAUUUGGACCCCCUGGUACGGGUAAAACCAUGUUAGCCCGGGCAGUAGCCACUGAAUCCCAAUCUACUUUUUUCUCCAUUAGUGCCUCGUCAUUAACUUCUAAAUAUCUUGGUGAAUCUGAAAAACUAGUGAAAGCAUUGUUUUUGUUGGCCAAGAAAUUGGCACCUUCGAUUGUUUUCAUGGAUGAAAUUGAUUCGUUGUUAGGUUCGCGUACAGAAGGUGAAUUGGAAAGUAUGAGAAGAAUCAAGAAUGAAUUUUUAGUUCUGUGGUCUGAACUUUCCAGCGCAGCUGCAGGGAGAGAUUCUGAUAAUGAUGACGAAUCUCGGGUCUUGGUAUUAGGUGCUACUAAUUUGCCCUGGUCUAUAGAUGAAGCGGCAAGAAGAAGAUUCGUAAGACGUCAAUAUAUCCCCUUACCAGAGGGGGAAGCAAGAGUAGCGCAAAUUAGAAAGUUACUACAAUACCAAAAGAAUACUUUGUCAGAAAACGAUUACGAGGUUCUAAAGAACUUAACUGAAGGUUUCAGCGGGUCUGAUAUAACUGCAUUAACCAAGGACUCGGCUAUGGGUCCCUUGCGAGUAUUGGGUGAAAAACUAUUGCUGACUCCAACAGACCAGAUUCGACCCAUUAGUCUUGAAGAUUUUGUGAAUAGCUUGAAUUAUAUUCGACCAAGUGUUUCCAAAGAGGGAUUACGAAAACAUGAAGAAUGGGCCAGAAAAUUUGGAUCUUCGGGUGUAUAG